CGAUGUGCCGUGCUCAUACUGAUCUAUCCCACUACGCGAUGAGGUAACUGUGUUCGAGCAAUAUAAACACAAAUUAGCGUACGCGAUGUGCGAAACGAGUCAUUCGGCUUUCGGCGUACAGAAAUCGGAGUUCGGAUUCAGUUAUGAUGACCCAUCUGCGUUUGUUAGAUCACAGUUUCGAAACUUGUCGCCAUGGAUCCUGGUUGGAUACCGCGUAUCAAUAUCUAUUUACGUCAACGUCUGCUUCACGGUAUACAUGGCAACAAGCUCCACGGAGAUCGGAUGGAAUGUACUCAUCUAUUAUCCUAAUUGGUCGUUCCUAUUCUUAGCUCUGUAUUUAUCUGUUUCUACGUUGUCAAUUAUUCAUUACCAUAUCACCAACAGAUAUCGCCAUAGAGGAAGAUGGCGAGAAAACGAUUACAGCGAAUGGCAACCUUUGACCUGUGAUGUCACACAGCUGCUUUCAACACCAUGCCAUUAUCGACUGAGCUGGUUUCUGUACAAUAUAUCAAUGGUGUCUUCGCUCGGUGUUACCACAACCUACCUCCUGACAAACGAAAAUCUGAUCGGCAGAGUCAGCAAGUUUGCUUGUCUUCAAAUUUAUUUUAUAAAUACAAUCGUAGCAUUAAUAGAAGUAAUAUUUUCGGCCAUGCCGACAAGAAUAGCACACGUUAUUUACAUAUUGCUUAUUCUCUUACUGUAUACAAUUGUGACUGUUGUAUGUUUCGCCGUUGGUGGCGCUGAAGGCACACAAAGUCUUCUGUACUCAUUUCUUGAUUACGGGGAGAAUCCUGAGCUCUCUGUCCUUAUAUUAUUGCUUAUGUUUCUCGGUGCAAUAACGUUUCAUAUUUUACUAUGGGUUAUUUUUAAGCUGAAAAUAUAUAUUUCUCUUGAAGGAAAAGGUGAUUACGAUUCGAUGUCCCCGCGUUUUUCCAGUGCAGAAUCUAGUGGUAAUUACGGAUCUAGAGAGCCUAAAACAGAGGUUGCUAUGGGCCCCUCAAGUUUGCCAUGAACUACUUAUUUAGUUCGUAAUAUGCAUGAAAAUAUACCAAAGCGGAGCCAACUUGAAGCUCAUCUAUUGAAAUCCAUUACAUCACCAAAGUUAUUCGGUCCCGCCUGACAAACAAGGUACCAUGAACACAUUUGGGUCGAGUAUUGGUUUUUGCCGUAUGUGAUAUUUGGGAUUUGAUUUAUAAUGUACUAGCUUGGUGUGAAUGACUCGUCAUAUUGGUAUAGUUUUGGUAUGUAAAUUUACAGAUACAUAUAGCCAGCAACUACUUACCGCUUGUGAAAAACUGAUCUGCGAUUCUCGUAGAAACACGAGUGCUCUCCUGGUGGUCUGGAUAGGUCGACACAUUGCGACUCAUAACAUUGGUGGCCACAAAUUGAAAACAAAUUCGCUGCGAAAUUGAAAAUAUAAGGGGGUUUUUAAAUUUAUUUUUAUUUGUUAUAAAACGAAUCCAUAAUAGUGAUAAUUAAAGAAACAUCUCAAACACCCGUGUUAAA